AUGACAUCCCGGGAGCAGCUGGUGCAGCAGGUCCUCCAGGAGCUGCAGGAAGCCGUGGAGUCCGAGGGCCUGGAGGGUCUGGUGGGCGCUGCUCUGGAGGCCAAGCAGGUCCUGUCCUCCUUCACCCUCCCCACCUGCCGGGAGGGAGGCCCCAGCCGCCAGGUGCUGGAGGUGGACUCGGUGGCCCUGAGCCUGUACCCAGAGGAUGCUCCCAGGAGCAUGCUGCCGCUGCGGUGCAAGGGCGAGGGCAGCCUGCUGUUCGAGGCGGCCAGCCUGCUGCUGUGGGGCGACGCCGGCCUCAGCCUGGAGCUGCGGGCGCGCACCGUGGUGGAGAUGCUGCUGCACAGACAGUACUACUUGCAGGGCAUGAUCGACUCCAAGGUGAUGCUGCAGGCCGUGCGCUACUCCCUCUGCUCCGAGGAGUCCCCCGAGAUGACCAGCCUGCCGUCCGCCACGCUGGAGGCCAUCUUCGAUGCGGACGUCAAGGCCACCUGCUUCCCUAACAGCUUCUCCAACGUGUGGCACCUGUACGCCCUCGCCUCCAUCCUUCAGCGCAACAUCUACUCCAUCUACCCCAUGCGCAACCUCAAGAUCCGGCCCUACUUCAACCGCAUCAUCCGGCCCCGCCGCUGUGACCACGUGCCGGCCACGCUGCACAUCAUGUGGGCUGGCCAGCCCCUGACCAGGCACCUCUUCCGCCACCAGUACUUUGCCCCUGUGGUGGGACUGGAGGAGGUGGAGGCUGAAGAUGCUACCUCUCCAGCUCCAGCUCCAGCUCCAGCUCCGGCGCCACCGCCAGUCAAGACCCCGGAGCUGCUCACCCAGGAGCCUGGCCUCAGCUACUCCCACUUCCGUGAACGCUACAGCGUCACCAAGAGCACCUUCUACCGCUGGCGGCGGCAGUCCCAGGAGCACCAGCAGAAGCUGGCCACCCUCUGCUCGGCCAAGCAUGUCCUGCAGGACAGUGUCCACCGUGGGGGCCUCAUGUCCCUGCAGCAGUUUCUCCAGAGGUUCCCCGAGAUCUCCCGCUCCACCUAUUACGCCUGGAAGAACGAGCUGCUGGGCACUGGCGCCUGCCCGCCCCUGGCCCCCAAGGAGGCGCUGGGUGUGGAGCAGCAGGAGAAGCUGCCAGAGGAGCCGGCUGCCCAGGGGCUGGGGUGCUCCAUGCUGCCUGUGUCAAGCCCUGGAAUGGUCCUCAUGCAGCGGGCCAAGCUGUACCUGGAGCACUGCAUCUCCCUGAACACACUGGUGCCUUAUCGCUGCUUCAAACGCAGGUUCCCUGGCAUCUCCCGCUCCACCUACUACAACUGGCGCCGGAAGGCCCUCCGGAGGAACCCCAGCUUCAAGCCGGCCCCGGCCCCCUCCACAGCCCAGGCUCCCCAGCCAGCAGCAUCUGUUGGGGAAGAGGCUCUGCUCCCUGAGAAGGGUGAGGUGGGAGAGGGGCCAGGGAAAGCAACAGGUGUGGGGGGGUCACCCACCCCCCAGGAGUUCCUGCCCCGGAGGAUGCCCCUGUCCCGUCAGCAGAGGCGUCUGCGCAGGGCUGCCCGCAAGCAGGUGCUCAGUGGGCACCUCCCCUUCUGUCGUUUUCGCCUCCUCUACCCUAGUCUGUCCCCAUCCACCUUUUGGGUCUGGAAGAGUCUUGUCCGCGGUUGGCCCAGAAGCCUGUCCAAACUCCAGACCCAGGCUCCUACCUCGGGCAAAAGGGGGGUGCAGGAGGCUGAGGCGAAGCGAGAGGAAGGGGCUGGCAGGAAUGUGACAGCUGCCACGGCCCCAGCUGCAGCUCCUCCAGGGGAGGAUCCAGGGGAGGCCCAGGGGGGUCCUUCCAGAGAGAGGGCCCUGCCCGACGGGGCCACGGCCCAGGGAUGGCCCCACAGCGGGUCUUGGCCCAGCCACCCUGUGGCGGCGGCGGCAGGUGGCAGGGACAGCCAGGCGCUGAUGAUGGACAUGCUCGCCACCACGAAGUUCAAGGCUCAGGCCAAGCUCUUCUUGCAGAAGUGCUUCCAGUCCAAGAGCUUCCCCUCUUACAAGGAGUUCAGCGCCCUCUUCCCCCUCACCGCCCGCUCCACCUACUACAUGUGGAAGCGAGCUCUGUACGACGGCCUCACCCUGGUGGACGGCUGA